AGCAAGACCUGCAUAGACUCGGUGCUGUGCGGGAUCCAGCUCACAUAGCAAGAGCCGCUUCAUAAAUUUUUAGGGACUUUUCAAGUCCUCGUUGUUACACUGUUGGAAGCUUGAAAUAGGCCGUCUUGGGUGUUUAGGAAAACUGCAGGCUGACCAACACACCACUACUCUAGAGCUACGGACACAGACCUUGAGAAGAGCAAGUCCUCAACUACUUUUCACAUGGUAUAGGAGAAUUUGCAAAAAACAGGUGUGCCCAUGUGUAGGUCCAGCCAGUCCAGUCUAGGCUGAAGGUGUGUCCACUGAGAACACUUACUUUGAAGUGGUGACUUAAAAGCAAAAGAUCCCUUGAAGUGAAGAAGCCUUGAGUUCUUAUCUAGGAUACUCAAGUCACCCAUGGGCUUCUCGGGGGAACAAAGUGCAGCCUGUGUUCUAAAAGGUUGCUCUCCCGUCAGAAAGUGGACGUGUUCGGUGUGAGUUGGAGACUGGGCAGGCACAGCUUUGGAAGCAUUUGGGGGAUGCCUGCCUCUGUUGCACCUCUGUUGAGAGGGGAAAAUAAGAAAGGUUGCUAUACUUGAAACACAGGGCACAAUGUUUUGUGUUAAUCUUAAAUGUAUUGUAUUUUGUCUGCAUGAGGCUGAUUUCUCUCUCAGCAAAUGUUUGCCUGAUGCCAGUCAAGAUCCCUCUCUCAGAGAGCUUGCAACCUUGCAGGAGAGGGGAUAUCUGCACAGGUCUGGGGUGUGGGCAUCUCCUCAGUAAGUUGAAUUUGUUACCUUUUUUACCCUGAAAGUAUUAAUAAAAAUUGGAUAAUGGGCCAAAUGACUAAAAGGAGAACCUGAUUUAGAGGUUCCUGUUUAUGCCUCUGCAGCCACCUCAGAACUCACGCAUUUGGUUUGCUCUGAGCCUGACCUUCUGUGCUAGCGACGUUUCUUCAGUCAGACUUGAGAACUGCAGCUGUGGGCGAGCUCGGCGCAUCACUUCUCUUGGUGCUCUUCAUCUUGGGUUGAAAGUUGAGAGCAGCAUGUUUUGCCUCCUGAAACGGAUCCUGAUGCCAGCGUUCCUGGGUUAUUUCUUGGGCCUGAAUGACUUGAUUGUUUCCUCCCUUGAGCUGACAGUCCACGUGGGUGACUCAGCCCUGCUGGGAUGUGUUUUCCAGAGCACAGAAGAGAAACGUGUGACCAAGGUCGACUGGAUGUUCUCAUCAGGGGAGCACACCAAGGAUGAUUACGUCCUGUACUAUUACGCCAACCUCAGCGUGCCUGUGGGGCGCUUCCAGAGCCGUGUGCACUUGGUGGGGCACAUCUCACACAACGACGGUUCUCUCCUGCUCCAAGACGUGGAAGAGGCUGACCAGGGAACCUAUACCUGCGAAAUCCGCCUUGAGAUGGAGAGCCAGGUGUUCAAAAAAACAGUGGUGCUGCAUGUACUGCCAGAGGAGCCCAGAGAGCUCAUGGUCCAUGCGGGUGAUUCAACUCCGAUGAGAUGUGUUUUGCAGAGCACAGAAGAGAAGCUCAUGACCAAGGUCGACUGGAUGUUCUCAUCAGGGGAGCACGCCAAGGAGGUGAUGUUGCGCUAUUACCUCAAACUCGGCGUCCCUGAGGGGUCCUCCCAGAUCUGGGGCCGCUUCCGGAACCGUGUAGCCCUGGUGGGGGACCUUGCUCACAAUGACGGCUCCAUCGUGCUCCAGGGAGUGAAGGAAUCUGACCGAGGAAGCUACACCUGCAGCAUCCACCUGGGGAGCCAGACGUUCAGGAAAACCUUUGUGCUGCACGUGAUUCAGAAAGAGCCCCGAACACUGGUCACCCCGGAAGCUCGCAGACCGGAUAUCCUGGGCAGCCACCAGCUGGUGAUCAUUGUGGGGAUUGUCUGUGCCACUGUCCUGCUGCUCCCCGUUCUGAUACUGGCUGUGAAGAGAGCCCGCGGGGACUCGAGCUCCCUAACGUCCACUGCCCUGGUAAAAAGCCUGGAGAACACGAAGAAGGCUCACCCCGAGAAGCAUGUUUAUUCCUCAAUAACUACCCGGGAGGUGACCGAGGAAGAAGACUCAAGUGACAAAUCAGAGGCCACCUACAUGACCAUGCACCCAGUUUGGCCUUCUCUGAGGUCAGCACCAAAUAACCCACUUGAGAAAAAGUCAACUGGAGGAAUGCCAAAAGCAGAGCAAGCCUUUUAAGAAGAAAGGAGAGCUCCCUUCAUCAUUAGGAGGGCAGAGAUCUCCCGUGCACCCUGAGUUGCUCUACCAGUUACCUCAGACCCCCACCUCCCAGUUGUCCCCCUGCCUCACUGGUUGGUCAUGGACUGAAGAUGGAGGAUUUGGAGCCUGGCAGAAAGAUGGGGCACCUCUGGAGGAAUAGGCC